AUGCCUGAUGUCUUGGAACAGCCUGCUGAUAGAACCAAACGUCAACGAAUGCCGAAAGGAUUUGUUGAAAUUCUUGAAGCAAGGGUUCAACAGUUGGAGGAUUCGAUACAGAACCACCUUUCUGAACUCGAAACCCUGAAACGAACAGGUGAUUCAUCCUCCAAAAAUGAACCUCUUAUUACCGAAUCCGUACCGCCCAAUGAUGAUCGCGAAGUUUCUACAUCUGUUGUGACGGUUCAAAGUGAAAGGCCCUCCUCUCCACUGGGCUUGCCCUCAUUAACGCCCGGACAGCAUGAUGCCGUGACUGCUCCUGAAUAUUCGCCUUUAUUUUCUCGGGAGAAGGAAGCCGUAUACCCUCUCAGUGCGGAGGCUAUCGUUUCGCUUAGCAAGAUGAGCGAGAGCGACGAAUAUGGAUUGUUCAACUCUACAUCCGUUGCCUAUGCUAUGUUAGCCGCCGACGGUGGAAGUCCGUUUGGCUCAUCUGUCCUGAGAUCUAACAUAUUCCAAGACGAUUCGCACAUCUCACAAGAGCUUGAGUUAUCAAAGAUGUUGGAAAGCUUUUUGUUAAACCAAGGCGAGACCCUCCUUACUCGCUACGAAAGGAACUGUCACAGCCGGUACCCCUUCAUACAAAUGGACAAGUUAAACGGAAUCAUGGAAUCGUGCAAAGCACAGGGAAGUCUACAGCCAAUUCAAAGAGCGACCGCUGCCGAACGGUUUCAUUUCUUCACUGUGAUGGCAAUUGGUCUUGCUAUGGAAGGGCGAAGAAUAUCAUUUGCUGGGCAGAUCGAAGGAAACUUGUUCAUGGUGGCCGUAAAUCACCUUGGCGGUGUAUUUAGAUUCUCUGAUCCCAUCGACCAGAUAAGAGGUUUGUUACUUCUUACAAUCUAUAGCAUGUACAGAUCAUCGACAGGGAGCACCUGGCAUUUUGCUGGAUUCGCCAUGCGCAUCUGCAUUGCGCAUUCUUACCAUACCGGCGAACAUUCGGAAAUGAUUCAUAAAACGUUCUGGUCUACGUUUAUGCUUGAGCAAACCAUAUGCGAUGCUCUUGAGAGACUCCCCAGUUUAGGUCCCGUGGACCUUUUAUCUCAGCCCUGCUCGUCCCCUGGAACUGGAAGCCUAAGCUCUUCAGGUGACUAUGCUUGGUCUUAUUGGGUGACGCGCAGCCAACUACUUGCAAAGCUGAGCAACAACACUGGGGCUUAUUUUUCGUCUACACAAUCCCUUUUCUCCGUAUACCAACUCAAAGCACGCCAGCCGGCUGUACCGCCAGAGGAUGCUUCAUUGGCAACUUCAGCCUUUACCAACGACGUGGACCAACAGUACCUUUCCGAUCUCGUUUCCUUUUCUGCCCGAAUCGACAGCGUUCCAUCUAAAAAACUUGAUCAGUUCUGUUUGUUUGUAUCUGCCUUGAUAAUCUGCAGACUCACUUCCCUCGAGGACACUCUCCCGUCAUGGCCCAGAGGCAUUCUUCUAUUCAGAGCCGGCCUGAUAUGUCUACGAAGCAUGGGCGUCCUUGUCAUAACCGAGGAUAGCAACAGGCUCAGCUUUAUCCUCUCCGAUACGUUACGCAAAUGUUCUGACUAUCUCUCACGUCUCUGUAGCGAAUUCCAGGAACUAGCUCAAUACAGAGUUGUCUUUGACACUGCCGUCAGCCUAUAUGACUCCACAAACAGUAAAGAAGGCAUUUGA